ACAGGGACAAAAUCGGAAACAAUACAAUCUCAAAAUUAGGGUUUUUCACAUAACAACUACAAACCCUACAUAUAUACUUCCCAUCCGCCGGAAAACCAGAGGAGAGAGAAUUCUUCAUCAGCUCAAACCGGUACUUGGCAUUUUCGAGCUUAGCAAAAAUGCCGAAACAAAUUCAUGAGAUCAAGGACUUCCUUCUCACAGCCAGAAGGAAGGAUGCACGAUCUGUCAAGAUCAAGAGAAGCAAGGAUGUCGUGAAGUUCAAGGUUCGCUGCUCCAAGUAUCUCUACACUCUUUGCGUCUUCGACAAUGAGAAGGCCGACAAGUUGAAGCAAUCUCUUCCCCCAGGUUUGAGCGUUCAAGAUCUUUAGAUGAUAUGGACAUGAAGUGUGAUACUUGCAUUCGAGAGUUUGAGAAAGUUUUUAAUUUUUUGUUUUGCAAGUUUAGAACAUUAUUAUGUCAAUGGACUCCUGUAUUUCAGAGAAGAGAAUAUUAUUAGUAGGUGUUUUUUGUUAUGCGAAUUGUGACAAUUUUGCGAAAAUACAAUGGAUUUUCUUCUUGUAGGGUUGUGUUUUA